AUGGGCGCAAAACAAUCGAAAAAGGUCCAGAAACCCCAAAAAGGUGGAAAGGUAUCCAAAUAUGGAUCGAAGGUCCGCAAAACGCCGACUUUAAAACAGAAAAAUGCCCGUGUCAACAAGAUUAUCAAGGCGGACCAGUUGCAAUGGAAGCCUGUGGACAUUCCUGAUAAUCUCGGUGAUUAUUCAGGAUUCUUCGGUCUCGAGGAGCUUGAGGGUGUGGAUGUGGUUAUGCUGAAUGGCAAGGCCGAGUUCAUCAUGAAAGAUUCUGAUCUGGAGGGAGAGUAUGAAGAUGUUGAAGAAAGCGAUGAGGCUGAAAAUGAAGAGGAAUUCGCCGGAUUCGAUGAUGAGAAAGAGGUCAAAAAGAAUGAGAAUCAAUCCAAAAAGAAUAAUAAGAAGGAUUCCAAGAAGGAAACCAAAAACGAUUCAAAGAAAGCCAAAAAUGAGUCGCAGGAGACCACUAGCACCGAAAAGUCAAAAAAAUCCAACAAGAAAGAGUCAAAGGCAGAGCAAAAUGCAAAGGACGAUGAUGAGAACCUCGAUGAACUUAUGGAAAAUGCGUUUGCAGCAUUGGAUAUGCCUCUUCCGGACGAUAACGACAUCAACUUGCCAGAAUGGAAGGGUCUCGAGCUUAGUGCUUACACCUUGAAUGGACUCCAGGAGUUGGAGUUCAAGAAACCCACACCUAUCCAAACAGAGACCAUUCCCUUGGCUGUCUCUGGAAAGGAUGUGAUUGGUAAGGCCACCACUGGUUCUGGUAAAACAUUGGCAUAUGGUAUUCCCAUUUUGGAGAGGUACAUUUCCAAGUUGGCUGAAAUCAAGGAAUCCAGAGCCAACAAGACUGUUCCUGCUCCUUCUGGAGUCAUCUUUGCUCCUACUAGAGAAUUGGCCCAUCAGGUGGUGGAUCACUUGAACAGAAUCGCUAAGUAUUCCCCACUCUCACAGCACGGCAUAGUGUCCGUCACCGGAGGUCUCUCCAUCCAAAGACAAGAGAGAUUGUUGCUGUAUGGUCCAGGAAUUGUUGUGGCCACUCCUGGCCGUUUCUUAGAGCUUAUUGAGAAGGAUUCUGAUUUGGCCAAGAGGAUGGCAUCUACGGAUAUUCUUGUUCUAGAUGAAGCAGAUAGAUUGUUACAGGAUGGCCACUUCGAAGAGUUUGAGAAGAUCUUGGAGGUGAUGGAAAAAUCUAGAGACAAGUCUAACGGCUGGAGAUGGCAAACACUCGUCUUUUCAGCCACGUUUUCCCGAGACUUGUUUGGCAAGUUGGACAAGAAGGGCAAGCCUACCCAGCAGAAGCAGACUGGACUCAUUGGCAAUGAUGAAAUUCUCCAGCUCUUGUCGAAGAAACUUCGAUUCAAGGACCCCAAGCCUGCGCUCGUUGAUGCCAACCCCAAAGAAAUUGUUUCUGGUCAAAUUGCCGAGGCUUUAGUCGAGUGUGGGCCCACUGAAAGAGACUUGUACCUCUACUACUUUGUGCUUAUGUACCCUGGAUCCACAUUGGUAUUUGCCAAUUCCGUGGAGUCCGUGAGAAGACUUGUGCCAUUAUUGGCCAAUUUGGGCAUUCCGGCCUUUUCCAUCCACUCUUCUAUGAUACAGAAGCAACGUUUGCGUGCAUUGGAGAAGUUCAAGGAGGCUAGUGUCAACAAUAAGUCGGCCGUUCUCAUUGCAUCAGAUGUGGCAGCCAGAGGUCUCGAUAUUCCAAGCAUCGAUCAUGUGGCACACUAUCAUUUGCCUCGUUCCGCAGACAUUUACAUCCACAGAUCAGGAAGAACUGCUCGUGCUGGAAAGGAAGGUGUCUCGGUGAUGUUCUGUUCUCCACAGGAAGCUUCUGGUCCAUUGAGGAAGCUCAGAAAGCUCAUGUCAGCUAGUGCCGAGAACACUAGACUCAACGUGAAAUCCGAUGUCAAGCUACUUCCUAUCGAUCACGAUAUUGUAUCCCAAUUGCGAGAAAGAGUUGUGUUGGCAUCGAAGUUGGGAGACUCUUCCAUUUCUAACACCGCCACUAGAAAGGAAAGCUCGUGGCUCAAGGAGGCUGCGGAGGACUUGGGUAUCGAGAACCUUUCUGACCUUGAGGACUUCGAGGACGAUGUGAUCAAGAAGCAGAGAAAGAGAAAGGAAAAGAAGCUGCUUACAAAAGAGGAGCAGAAGGUUCUUCGAUAUGAAUUGAAGCAGCUCCUUUCUACACCGCUCAGAAAAAACCACAGAAGAUCAUACAUUACUAGUGGACUUGAAAAUUUGGCUCACCAAAUCGUCACUGGUGUUACAUCAAAAACUGUUUUGGGAAGAAAGGAGGUAAAGGCAUUGGACGAGUUGCGGGGCAAGAAGGCUAACAAGCCUGGGAAGGUCACUAAACCAGUAAAGGCUAACAAACUACCAAAGAAAGGAGGAAAGAAGCAAUAA